GCCAUCAGAACAAUGAAGCGAUUGCAGCCAGAGAUCCUCGAGAAGCAUGCAGCAAUCCUGAGUCGUCUGCUUGCGGAUGAGGACUGGAACGUGCGGCUUGCUGCCCUGAGUGCACUUGCCAGGUUAGAGCCAUUGAAGCUGAGUCACUAUGCAGAGGCCAUCCAGGAUCGAUGUGGAGAUGAGGUUCACCAGGUGUCAGAGCUUGCGCAGAAAGUUUGGGCCAGGAAGGCAGCGUGCAGCACGGUGUUGUUGAGCAACAAGUUUUGCCAGACCUUAAGGAGGAGUUUGUGUUCUGGCCCACGGUGCCAAUCCGCGCAAAGUGAUUGCUAUGACCCCUCAGUGCACUUUUUGCACUAGGCUCCCAAAGCAAAUCAAAGAAGACAGGCGCCAAUGAUUCAAUGCUCAGCUAGCUGGAGGAGGUGGUGGUGCUGAAAUUGAGCUUGCUUUGCGCCAAUCUUUUCAUCGGCCGCAGGAUGGAGCAACUUCGAGAUGUUUGUCCCGUACCCCCGUAGAUCACUUGACAGGCAAACCAAAGAUUGGUAGCAGUGGUAGCAAUCAUUGCCACUUUGGUUCCCAGAGGCACCCUGGAAUGACUUUGAAUCUCGGGUGCCUUUUGUGGGCGCAGCACGAGGUGAGAGGCAUCUCUGGUGGAGCACAGCUUUGGACAAGCCAUGUGGGGAACAGCUGGAUCUACCAAGCAAAAUGACAGAAC